AUGAUAGAGUCAGAAGAGUUAGUUGCUAAUUCAAAUCAUGAAUCGAAUUUGGAAGUCAAAUCUCCCAUUGAAUCUUAUAUGAAUGGAAAAUCUUUAGUUGAAACUUCUUUUUCCAUCACUUCAAACUGGGAUCUGGAUGAAACCACAGUUGUAAACAGAUCUCAAGAUGUCAAAACGAAGAAAAAAGUCAAUAUAUGUACAAAUGAUUCAAAUAUUGACGAAGAAAGAAGAAAUUCGUUGACUUCUGAUUCCUGUGAUAAAUCCAGCAAUGUUAGUAAUGAUAAAUGUCUUACUAUGACUGGUACAAUCAAAAGAGGCAAAAAGGCUGGACAGAGUUUAGAUGUUCGGUUGAAUAUUUCUAGAGAAGAAUUGGAAUUGAUGGAAGCAAACAUAGCAGCCAAAGAACAAGAAAAGAAACAAUCUUGUUCCAUAUCAAAUGGUUUACAUAUACUUAUUUUUACUAUUCUUUGUUUUCCUUUUGCAUUUUUUAUCUCUGGAUUAUAUUCAUUUUACAUGGGUACAAUUACAUGGUACAGUAUUUUCAGUUUUAUUACUGAAGAAAAAAAAUUACUAGUCAAAAUUUGUAUAUCUCCAUUUCUUAUACUGUUAUACCCAUUUGUUAUAAUCACCUUUACUAUUGGACUUGGAAUAUAUGGUGCAUGUGUGCAAAUUUCGUGGUCUUUUGUAAGUUGGCAAAAAGAAAUUUGUGAUUGGGAAAAAGGCUUUUACGGAUGGCUUUGUUCCGUUAUUAAACUUGAAGAAUGUUCACCUUAUGAGGUUGUUGUUUUGACUGAUAUUAAAGUUACGAAUGAUAGUGACAAAUGCAACUCACAAGACAGUAUUUUAUCAUAA